UAAGAAUAUGGCAAAAAAAGAUAUCACAAUGACGACUUCUAUUCUUUGAAAAAAUUGUUGGUUCAAAGUAUUACCAAACAAAGCAAAAAUUUAAAAAUAAUUUUUAAAUAAAUUAGCUACUCAAUGAAACAAAAAAGGUGUCCAUCAGGAGAAAAGAUGCCGGCGACCAGUUUCACCUCUUUACUGUGCAGUGCAUUAAAAGAAGAGUGCAGUAUUAAAAACGUUUGGAAUCAUAAUCUUCAUGAAGAAUUUCAUGUAAUAAGACAGGUUGUCCAGAAAUACCAUUGGGUGGCCAUGGAUACUGAAUUUCCAGGUGUAGUUGCAAGACCAAUUGGUGAAUUCAGAUCCACUGCAGAUUAUCAAUACCAGCUUUUAAGAUGCAAUGUGGAUCUGUUGCGGAUCAUACAAUUAGGAUUAACGUUUAUGGACGAAAAUGCUAAAACUCCCCCAGGGUGCACAACUUGGCAGUUUAAUUUUAAAUUCAAUCUUCAGGAGGAUAUGUAUGCACAAGACUCGAUAGACUUACUACAAAAUUCUGGUCUGCAAUUCAGGGAACAUGAAGAACAUGGUAUUGAACCCCUUGAAUUUGCUGAAUUACUAAUGUCAUCUGGAAUUGUACUAAUGGAUAACAUCAACUGGUUGAGUUUUCAUUCUGGAUAUGAUUUUGGUUAUUUACUUAAGUUGCUUACUGAUCAAAACCUACCUCAUGAAGAGAAUGACUUCUUUGAACGAUUGCGUCUAUAUUUCCCCACCGUGUAUGAUGUCAAGUACCUGAUGAAACUUUGCAAGAAUCUUAAAGGUGGCUUACAAGAAGUUGCAGAUCAGUUGGAAUUGAGGCGAGUAGGUCCCCAACAUCAAGCCGGUUCUGACUCACUACUGACUGGCAUGGCGUUUUUUAAAAUUAAAGAAAUAUUUUUUGAUGGAAACAUUGAAAGUACGAGUGGACAUCUGUACGGACUUGGAGCUCCAUUCACUACUAACGCCAACAACUUCCAGGAUAACGUGGAUAGUGGAAACUCAUCUUGAUCUGAACUGCCUUGCUAAAGAGUUUAACUCAGUAGUCACUUCUGUUUCAUACCAAGGAAUAGAAAUAAAUAACAAUUUGUACCUGAUUAACUUUGAAGAAAUAAGCUUAGUCUAAACUGUGAUAAAUGUUAGUGUAGUUUUGUCUUCGUGGUAGUUUAAUGACUGAAUAAAG